UCUCUCCAACCUAUAUAUAGGGAAAACAGUGUUUUUUGGGGCGGUAACCAUGGCUUACUCCUUGUACUCCGCCAUACCCAAAAAACCUCUAAACUCAAUCUUCAUUUCCUCUCCCAAUUUCAUCUUCAAUGCUGUUAACAAACACAUCACUUGUGUAACUCCAUCAAUUUUUCCCCGUCUUCGAGGGUAUUGUACUUGGGUAUCGGCUGUUUCAUCUUCUGUAGCUGAGAAAGAUGAACACUUAAGCCGUCACGCGAGUCCUGGAAUUGUAGCCAAAGAAUAUGCUGACCUUAAUCUCCCUGAAAAAUUUUCUGAGGAUGUUGGCAAUCUUCGAAUUAGGCAGCAUGUCAAUCCUCUGCGACGUGGUCUCAUGAUUCCUGCAGAAGCACCAAACUGGAAGGAGGUGUUCGAGGAUGCAACAUUGCCUCUGAUGGUGGAUAUUGGGAGUGGUAGUGGGAGAUUUCUUAUGUGGCUUGCUAAGAGAAAUUCUUCAUCCAUGAAUUAUCUGGGAUUGGAAAUUCGGCCUAGGUUGGUCGCACGGGCUGAGUACUGGAUAAACGAGCUAUGUCUAAAAAAUGUACAUUUCAUCUCUACGAAUGCCAUGGUUUCCUUCCAACGACUUGUAUCUACUUAUCCUGGACCAUUAAUGCUAGUUUCAAUCUUGUGCCCAGAUCCGCACUUCAAGAAAAAACAUCAUAAAAGAAGAGUGCUGCAGAAGCCUUUGGUUGAUUCCAUAGUGAAUGAUUUAGCACAUGGGGGACAGGUCUUUAUACAAUCUGAUGUGCUCGAAGUUGCGCUUGACAUGAGAAAUUAUUUUGAUGCUGUACCUGAUAUACUAGUACAUAUAGAUAGUGUUGACCCAAAUUUACCUUGUGAUGGCGAUGGAUGGGUUUUGAACAACCCAAUGGGGAUAAGAACUGAAAGGGAGAUCCAUGCAGAAUAUGAAGGUUGCAAAAUCUACAGAAGGGUUUACAAAAAAGUUCAACACUAACUCUCUGGUUCAUAAGUUGCUGUUCUGGAGUUUAGGAUCACACAAUUUUGUUCUUAACUUUCUCCUGGCAUUAUUAUGGGUCUUUGCAGUGCCCUUCAACACAUCUAUAUUUGUACAACUCAUUCUAAUGUCUCCAACAAUGCUAAGUUAAAACCAUGGAGCUUGAAGUUCAGCUGUUGAUAGUCGAGCGAGUGGCUUGAUGGCAUAAUGAAGCCCCUUCAAAAGGAGAGCAUGUCACCUACAUCUCAUAUAAACAUUAGCUCUUUUCUUCCCUUUCAUUUCAUUUUUUCUUCGUUCGAUCUUUGUAGUUUGUAUCAUGGACUGUAUUGUUUGUUUUUAGUUGGUAAAUUAGACGUUUCUUGGCUAACUAGGCAAGAUACUGGUUAAUCUGUAACAGUUCAUGUUGUUUUCACGUACAAGAGGAACUAUACUAUUAGGUGCAUACAGGUUCAA